AUGCCGCCGCCAGUCAAGUCGUCUACUGCCGCAGCAGCCUCCACUUCAUCCAGCUCUAGCACUAACACACGUCCGUCGUCCAAGCGAACGCACGCUGAAUCUGCCGCUUCGGACGCGCUCGAAGCCGAUCCCGAGACGACUGCUGCUGCGACCAAGACGCAGCCGCGCGUGGUGACGAGCCAGUCGGGCUUCCGCAAGACGGUUCGCGAGGGCGACGCUGCAGCUGCAGCAGCAGACCAAGCAGAUCGAGCAUCGAGCAAGUCGUCCUCCAAGGACAAGAAGUCGUCCUCCAAGGACAAGGACAAGGCCAAGGACAAGGACAAGGCCAAGGACAAGGGGAAGGACGGAUCCACGCGGCGACGACCAAAGCCAGCCGGCGCAAGUGCUGCUGCAGGUAGUUCUACUACUGCUGCUGCUGGUGGUGGUGCAAGCAAGGACAAGGACAACAAUGGCGACGCGGAGGAAUCGCGCAAGAAGCCGAGGCUGGACAAGGACGACGAUCAGGAAGAAGGCGAAACGGACGCCAAAGCAAAGUCGCCCGCGGCUGCAAAGGCGCGCUAUAUCGUGUUUAUUGGAAACCUCCCAUACACGGCGACAGCAGACGAUGUCCGAUCCUUCUUGUCGCCGUGCGGUGAGACGGACGCCGUUCGCAUGCUCACAAACAAGGCAACGGGCGAGUCCAGGGGUUGCGCAUUCGUGGAAUACUCCAAUCAAAAGUCGCUGCAAAAAGCACUGAGGUACCACGGUAUGGCCUUCGGAGAUCGUGAAGUGCGUGUAGAGUUGACUGCAGGAGGCGGUGGUAAGGGCAAGGCCCGUCUGGACAAGAUUGCUGCCAAGAAGGACUCUAUGGCAGAAACGCGUCGAAAGCAACGAGUGGCAUCGCUCAAAAAGAUGGAGAAACGGCAAAACGCCGCCCAAAAGAACGCCGCCUCGGGUGAAGGCAUGCAAUAA